UCAUUUUGGCAUUUCUCUGCAAUUACAUUGCGGUUUCCAGAGUUGUUUUGCAUGUGUAUGGCCCAUAUUGGGAGUUCUGCUUUGGGGUUCCCGCGGAAGUUUUUAAUUUAAAGGACAUGUCGCACCCAGGAGGGCACGAAGGCUGCUCCUGUUGCUCAGAAGGAGGGUCAGAAGAUCCGCUCGAAAUGGGCAUACAAUACAGCUUGUACAAGAGGAUCGACUUGGAGAACUUGGAAUGCCUUAACGAGGAGGAGGAUGGAUCGGGCAAAACUGUUUUCAAACCAUACGAAUCUAAACUGGAUACAAGCCAGUUCGUGCAGAGUGACAGCGACGAGGAGUUACUUUUCAAUAUACCUUUCACCGGCAACGUUAAAUUGAAGAACAUAAGGAUCGCUGGCGGCGAUGAUGACUCUCAUCCAAAGAUGGUUAAACUAUACAAAAACCGACCGAAAAUGGCUUUUGAUGAUACUUCCGUGAAAGCUGAUCAGGAAUUACAGUUAACCAAGGAUCCGACUGCUAGCCUAGAGUAUCCUGUAAAAACGGCCAUAUUCUCCGGAAUUCACCAUCUUUCUCUUUAUUUCCCAUCGAAUUUCGGAAACGACAAAACAAAAAUUUACUACAUAGGUCUUCGAGGCGAAUAUACAGAAGCACAUCAUCACGGUGUAACAAUCUGCAAUUACGAAAUAAGACCUAACAUUCACGACCACGAGUGUAAAACAUACGACCCUACCAAUUUUACGAUUCAAUAAAUAUUUUCUCUUGCAA